AUGGAAACCCAAGGAUCGUCCAACGCCGACUUCAAGUGGUUCGGCGAGGGCUUUGACGGUUUUCCCAAGAGACUGCCCGAAGACUGUGUCGAGUACGCCAUCUACAUCGUCGACGCUAAGCUCGAUGCGGAUAACCAAGUCCGGGAGAAGCUGCGGAGCAUCGAAUCAACGGCAAAUACGCUUACGAAAAAGCUACUAAAAGACUAUAUAUGGCAACGCGAGUCAUUCAAGCCGGAGCUUCAUAGGGAGGAUGGUAGGACAUGGAUGCUCCGAGGCAGAACUAACUACGGCGACUCGGUAGCAGAUGAAUGGGUGAUAGUCUACCUCCUUCGAGAGCUCAGCAAUCAGUUUCCAGAAGCGUGGGUGCGCGUUUACGACACUGAUGGCGAGUUUCUGCUCAUCGAAGCAGCCAAUGCUCUGCCAAAAUGGCUAAAUCCAGAGGUGGCAGAGAACAGGGUCUGGAUAAAUAAUGGCGAAUUGCGAAUUAUACCGCUAGAGCGACCAAAGCCUGGCGAAACAUCUGGUCCUGCUCCGGGACCUCUGACGGUGACAGAAGCCCGCUCAUUCAUCAAGGCCAAGCCAUCCGAGCUCAUACAUUCGCCUAUGGUCGAAGAAGAAGCAUUUUACCGCAUCCGAAAUUACCCCAAGGAAAUUUCCGAAAACUUGCACCAGUCAUUAAUCACUAUCCCGCGCAACCUCGCCUUCAUCCUCCACCAAAAGCCUGCCUACAUUAGCGCGGCAGUCGAAGCUUUCUACCUCCGGGACCCCAUCUCCCUCAAGCCUCUGAAAGCAGAAACAGCAAGCGGCUUCAAGUUCCCACCAUCGGAUCUCGUAAACGCCAGCGUCCGCUUCACGAAAGUCGGGUACGCACAGCUCAAGAGCCAGGAAUUUCUUGCGCCGAAAAUAUGGGAAGGCGAGCUAGCCAAGCACGACGCCGCGAGCAAAGACCGGGCACGCCUCGAAAUGGGCAUGAAAGUCUCGUGCGGUUUUGAGAUGCUGGUUGCGGACCCGCAGAACCAGGACAAGCAGGCAGUGCGCGAAAUUCAGCUACUCCUAGAGGAUAUCGAUAGCGGAGAUGAAUCGCUGCCAAUGGACGACGAAAUCAAAAAGUGGUCUGUGCAAGAUGAUGACGAGAACUGGAUGAACAUCAACUUUGAAGAAUUCGAAAAGGAGCUCGCUGGCAAGAAGGCCCGUGAGAGGUCGGCAGCGGGCCUCGACGAUACCGGAUUCGGCGAUAAGGCGGCGCAAGAGAAUCUGCGCAAGAUGGUUGAGCGGUUCGAAAGUUUCCUUAACGACGACGAGGCCGGGCCCGAGGGCGCUGAAAUGGACGACAUGGACUUUGACGACGAGGGGGAAGAGGAGGAUAGCAGCGAUGUCAGCAGCACAGGCGAAGACAAGGACGCCUCGUUCGACGAGGAAGAGUUCUCGAAGAUGAUGCGCGAGAUGAUGGGCAUGCCGGAGGAGGUAUACAAAGAAGUGAUGGAGAUGAGUCUGGACGAACUGAAGAAAGACCGGCCGGAGCUGGCGAAUCGGCGGGCGGGAGACGAUGCGUCGGCGGGUGCGCAGGUCGAGGAACUGAGCUCGGACGACGAAGAGCCGGAUGAGAACGAGGCGAGAGAUUUCCAUGAGAUGAUGCAGCGCAUGGAGGCGGAGCUCAAGGCCGCCGGUGCGCUGGAUCUAAAUGCACAGCCAAUGCCUGACUUGAUCAAGGGUACGGGCAAGGGCCAGAGCAAGGGAAAAGGAAAGCAGAAGGCCGAGGAGGGAGCGGGAGAAGUAGAGGAGGUAGAGGGCAGUGAUGACGACGAGGUCGAGGUCGACCUCGACUAUAAUCUAGCCAAGAACUUGCUGGAGGCGUUUAAGGGGCAGGGUGGCAUGGCGGGGCCGGCGGGCAACAUGAUGGAGGCCAUGGGGAUUAAGUUUCCGCGCGACGAGUCUGGGAAAUAA